UUUGAUAUGCAACGCUCCAUUUAUGUGCAUCAUAUUGCACAGAAAUUUACACUACUUUUUCGGACUGUGUUUACACUUAAACUGGUUAUUAAGGUACCUAGUUUGAUUUGAAAUACUCGCACGCAAUCAUACUCUUUAAUCAGUUACCUAAUGAUAUGUUUUAAGUCAUUUGAUAUAAAUCACAUUUUCAAUGCCCAGAUAACAGCAUGAUUUUUUUUGUUCGUGGCACAAGUUGUAAUAAGACGUUUUGUAAAAAUCUAAAGCAAUCAUUUAACGGAAAGUCAGAUUGAAAAUGUACUAAAUAAAGUUUCGGUAGACUCGGUUCCCAAAAGCUUACUCUAUCAGAUACCAUCGCUUAAAGGUGAUACACUCAAAUUUAUACCGCUUCUAGCACAGCAUACUACCCACAAAAACGGACAUCCCAUCAUGGAAUACUGUGAUUUCCACGAACGACAAAUUGUAUCGUCCGUGCCGUAAUAGGCAGAUCCAGGCUGCUCAUCAUUACAAUCACCAUUAUUAUCCUUACGAGAAUACUUCUGCCUGGCUUUAGUCGCCUCCGAAUGCACAGUAAGGGCACUUCAACUGCUGCAACUGCUACUACUACUGUUACUACUACUCCUACCACCAUCAGCACCACUUUCAAUUCUGUUAAUGCCGCUGUCAUCAACAACAUGAACAACAACAACAACAACAACAACAGCUACCAAAACUACAAUUACAACAACAACAGCGCCAUCACCAAUCCCAACGUUCCGGUUGCGUUCGUUGAGUUCAAGGAUGUGGCCAGUGCUGCCGCCGCCAUGUGCGCCCUGCAGGGCAAGUACCUCCUUUCGUCGGAUCGCGGUGCCAUGCGCAUCGAGUUCGCCAAAUCCAAGAUGGCUGCCGACGUUCCAUCGCACCACUUUUACCAUCUGCACAUGCAACAGCGAGAAGGGAGCGGGUAUGGAGCCAAGAAUGGAACACCAUUUGGGGAAGAAGAGUGAACGAACCGAUCUCAAUACUUACUUGAUGGCAACAACUUGACCCCAUCAACAACCGCAACAGCAACCGUAUCAACAGCAAAAUCAUCAUCAGCAACAGCAAACAGCUGUCAUCAACAACUCCUACAUCAACGGAACUAGCGGAAACGGACUCGGAUACGACAUAGGUAACGGCAUCGCGGCUGGGCGUUACAACACCAGCAACAGUUUCAACUAUAUCAAUAACAACAACAACAACAACAACAACAACAAUGGACUCUACGCGAUAGCCGUUCCGCAGCCUAGGGCGUGAACUGAUGUACCGUCUCAAUGUAACCGAAGCUGUGAACAAUUUCACACCGUUUGUUUCAACCAUUCACCCUAGUAGAAAAUGAAAUCCAAAAUCGUUAAGUUGAUAUGUGUAAAUGUGAUAAACCAGAGCCCAUGUUUGGCCCCCCAAUUGAACCGUAAUGUGCCCUAGAACGAUUUUUAUACGAAAACUAUGUUGACAUUUCAAUUUCUCUUUCGUUACCUGUUAUCAGCUAUUGCUUUUUCGUUGAACCGUACUAAUAUACCAUUCGAGUAGGAAACGAUGAUGAAUCUCCCUUUGGACAAGCGUGCACAUGCACAAUGGUGCAAAAAAACAUGUGAUUAGGGUUUCAAAACGUUACAGUUAUUUUUACACGAACGAGUAAAUACACAAUGAAAGGGAAAACAAACAAACGGUAGUUUAUAGGAAACGGUAAACAAGCAAUAACAAACUAAAGUGUAAAUGAAAAUAUCCAUGCAUAUCAAAGAUUUUUAAAUCAACCAAGAUGGGAACGAUAGUUUGUAAAACUACACAUAGUUGCAUAAGAACACACUUUAUGUAGAUGGUAACUGUAGGGGCAAUGUUCAGGGCAUGCUAACCCAAGAUCCGUUUCCGACAGACCACGAUGGGUAGGAGUUUUGGUUUUUAGUUGGUUAACAUUUUAAUCAAUAACAACAAAGCGGCAUUAUCAUCAGAUCAGCUAUCAUCACAAUUAGUACGUAAAGUGUACUCUAAGCAAGCAUCAGUAGCUUGCAAAUAGCGAACAUAAGAAAUAUGUUUUAGACAAAACUAUUUCUCUUCAUCAAAAGUAAACUUUAUCCAAAAAAAAAACAAAAAUGAUUGAAACAUAAAUUUCAAAUUAUCAUCAAUUUAAGCUAGGGUUAAACAAGCAUAGUUAAAUAACAAAAUCAUUACAAAUCUAAGAUGCAGGCUCGGUGGAUGGAGAUAGACAGAACUGGAGGGGUCCAUAGUGAGCAAAAAAUGCAAAGUUACCGUCAAUUAAAUAAAAUAGGACACCAAAGAGAUGCAUCAGUUCCCAUCGGAAGAAACGAGCGGAAAGUCAAUCAAAUUAAAACAUGAAAUUUCGUGACACAGAAGCUAUAAGUACCAAAGUAAACCUACUGGAAAACUGAACCAAACAUAAAAAUGUGGACCUCUGGCAGGAUAAUGAGUUGCCUAUCUCCGUCCGCUGAAUUUUGCUUCCAGGCAGGAAGAGAAACAUCAUCUGCAAAACGAUAUCUCGUAAGUGUAAAAAUUGAACCGAAAAAAGCGGUCAAAACAUAGCAAUAAGUAGUGGAACUAUUUUCGGUGUUUGAUUUAGUGAGUGAAUUAGCUUCUGACAAAAAAAAGAAAAACUAUCCAAGCAAACACGUAACAAAGUGUGCGGUGCGUUUUCGCCACGAGUAUUUCCGAAUCACCACGGAAACGCUCGAUGAGCAUCAGGAAAGCAACAAGAUAGGCAGAGAAUAGGUUAGCGAAAAGGGAGUGAACAAUUCCAGCAAGAAAAGCAAGAAAAUGAAGGAAAGGUUAAGGCGUAAGAAGUGAAUAAUCAUUCCGUCCAAUACAGUGUGUAGUUAAAUCGGAUGAGUAUGGAUCUGUUUUCAAGACGACAAUCUGUAUCUUGAUCCGGCCCCGCGAAGGUCAAGUGCUGCGGAGUGUCCACGGGAUGUUUGAUGCCUGGCGGUUUACGACCGGGCGGACCCCUGCGAGGCUGUCUCCAAGGCCUGCUUUUGCGUGGGAGCUAAAUGAAUACAUAUCAGCUUUUGGGUUAAAUCUUUAAAUCGUAAGGAAAGUGACAUGGUUUAGAAGGUAAACUUUAGUGAGUAAGUAACUUUUAUCGUCUAACCGCUCUAAAGACAUCCCGCAUGUCAUGUUUUAACAGCUCUGGCAAACAUAAAAGCAUAAACUAAAAUAUUACAAAUGGAUUAAGAAACAAAUACCGAAAAAGGAAGCUUACGUUGACGCUCGAUAAUUUCUCAUUAUUUACCUUGAACAAAAGGGUUAUACACUGUCCUGGAAUAGACGAUAGGGUAUGUAGCUUGAAUGAAUGUAAUUGUAAUAAAAAUAUGUGAUAAAUGAUUUAGCGAAACAAUGUUGGGCAGUGAAAUGCCACCAGGAGAAAAUUAAACUUGACUAACCUUGCAGCACAUUUGCAAGGAUUCAUGUUUGAAAAAAAAAAGAAUGAUCACGAGUUUUAUCAGCUAGUAAGUGAGGUCGAUUUUAUCAACAUAUGCAAAAAUGGACAUAUUUUUUUCACUUGUUUAUAUGUACACGGCGCCGUAAGUGUAGUUGUAACAUUGAGUAACCAAAAGAUAUCGUUUCAUAAGACCUAGGAGCGUGAACCAAGCAUAACAAGAAUGGAUUAAUUUUAAGAAUCACCCAUACAGGAGAGUUUUUUCGAGCGAUCUUUUUAAGAAUUUAGUAAAUACCGUAUUACUAAUCAAACUUCAAAUGCCUUCUAGCUUUAUUUUUAAUACUUGUUGACUGUAUGCCGACCUUCGUAAGGCUAAGUUGUAUCUGUCCGGUUCUUGGGUUUGAUUUAUCAGUUCUGAAAAAAUGAAUGAGACGAGGAAUGAUUCACAAAAUGCAUGCAAGUUAGACUAAUUAACGAUAUAAAAGAUUAUUCAAUGGAAGAAAAAAAAGUGUUACGAUAAAUCAACAAUUCAAACAUAUCAAUUUCGUGCCCGAUCAUAUUGAAGAUAAAUUUAUUGAUGAAAUGUAAGCAUAUAUUAAACAGUAGCUGACGAGAAAUAUAAUAUAUUAACUAUACAUUUAUUACUAAAAUGAACAAAAUGAAAGUAUCGCUAAACAAUUAAAAAUACGCUGAAAAUGUCAACAUGUGAAGCAAAACAACUAAUAUUGAUGUAUCUGUUCAAAAACAAUAUGAUAGGAUCUACCAAAAACAAAAGGUUUUUCGAAAACAAAAACUCGUACUACUUUUUUUCGGCUGUCACUUCUUUUAUUUUAUCAUCCCAGGAUCGCUGGCUGAAGCCACAUUAAUCACUCGAAGCACGGUUUUUGGCUCUCACUCUCUUUCUCUCACCUACACCUAUACUACAUUAAACAACAAACGUCACAUUGAAAUUCAAAACAAUGAGCUUCUCUAGAUUGAUACUGAAAUUCGUGAUUUUGACAAUCAAAGCAACCAUCUUUUACUCUCUCUCUAACCCAAACGACACGGUGCUGUCAACGGAACUGUUCGACACCGAGUGAAAACGUGAUUUUUAACGGAAUUUUACUAAGAAAAGAUGGAGAGAGCGAGGGGAGCAUUCGUUUAAUCGAUUUGCGCUUUGUGAUCCGAUCCUGGGUCGGUUUGUUGUUCUUUAUCGUUUUUUCUUUAUUUGUAUUCUAUCGAAUUUGACGAUGAAAAAAAAAUUAACCAAAGACGAAUAUUGUUUUAUUAUUUAAAUUAUUUAUUUAUUCUAAAGCAAAUGCUUAUUUAUUUUUAUGCUUUACCUUUGAUGAACCAUUGUCUUUAACAGCAACGCAUGAUAAGUAUAAAUAUAUACAAUUUUUUUUUCAAGUAAACAACUAAAAUAUAUUACAAUUAAUAUGCAUAACAGUGAGUAUAUUUAGAUAUAGCAUAUGUAGUACAAUGGGAUGUAAAACUCUAGACAAAAUCAUAGAACGAUGUUAAUUGAACAAAUUUAACUAAUAUCAAGCUAUUUGGACAACUUUCAAUAACCAUAUGAGUUGAGGUAAUGAGAAUAAAACAUUCUGCGUUGAAAUCAGUUCAUAUAAAAUCCAGAAUGCAGUGUAGACACCGGAAAUCGAAAUGAAGAAAACUUACAUCAACUUGCCACACCCUUCUGAAUACCCAUUCCUAUACCGACUCGUCGAAUUCACGAGAUCAUUGAUACUGAAAGCCUGCGCGGAAAUAAGCUAACUACCAACAAAUACAAGCAAUUAAACUACGCUAUCUCACUUGUUUUGUUUGUACACAUAACAGAUUCGAUAUAACUUACAAGAAAACAUAAAGAAAAGUAGUGCAACAUCGCAAACAAAAAACAUUGAACAAAAUACCUUAGUAUGAGAAACUGUUAUCGAUUUAUAAGAGAACAAAGAAAGAAAGAAAUAAAGAAAAAAAAACAUGAAAACAAAACAAAAGAAGACAAUUCUACCAAAAACGCCUUCAGCGACAUCUACAAACUCGUAGCUGAGACUUUUACCUAGUCAAAAUAUUAUUUUUUAUAAACUUAACAAA